AAAAGUUAAUCAGUGUGCAAACACAUAAAGUAUCUUGGCUGACUGGGGACCUGCAGCUCAGGCCAAACGUCUGGAAACUCAUUCAUCAAUAACCAGGAAAUGUCCAGCACCAUGAAGGUAAUCCUGGCAGUCCUCUGCUUGCUGUUGCUCAGUCCCUCUAGCGGCAGCAAGAUUCUCGUUGUGCCUGUUGACGGCAGCCACUGGAUCAACAUGAGGGUGAUCCUUGAAGAGCUUCAUUCCAGGGGCCAUGAAAUCACAAUCCUGCGUUCUGCCAAGAGCUGGUACAUCCCCAGUAACUCUUCUAUUUACACCUCUAUCGAUGUGCCAAUGUUAGAGGAUGAGACAGACAAGGAGUUCUAUUAUAAAAUGCUUCAAGAUGUCAUGGACUGCCGCCGCUAUCCUACUUUUUUGCGCACCUUUUGCCAGCAGCACUUGAUCACAUCACUGCUAGAUAAUGGGCAUAAGAUUCUGGCCAGAGCAGCUGCAACAAUGAUAGAUGACCCCGUGUUUAUAAAGAGGCUCCAGGAUUCCAAGUUUGAUUUAAUGUUAACAGACCCUGCUCUUUCUUUAGGGGUUAUACUGGGUAGUUACCUCAAAUUGCCAAUGGUUUUCAAUGUGCGCUGGAUUAACGUAGGGGAGGGCCACUUAACCAUGGCUCCCUCUCCUGUUUCCUAUGUCCCUGUGUCUGGAAGUGAACUUCAUGAUCACAUGGGUUUUUUAGAGAGGUUAAAGAAUAUGUUACACUAUCUUUAUAGUGUUGUUGAGCAGCACUUCAUUAUCAAUGCUGCGUAUUCAGACCUGUUUAAACGGCAUUUCCCUCCUGGGACCGACUUGCUAUCUUUGGAGUAUUCAGCUGAUAUCUGGCUAUUCAGGGCAGAUUUUGUCUUUGAAUUUCCUCGGCCAACCAUGCCUAAUGUGGUGUACAUAGGGGGGUUCCAGUGCAAGAAGGCCCAACCUCUUCCCAAUGAGUUGGAAACAUUCAUGCAGAGUUCUGGAGAACAUGGGGUGGUGGUUAUGUCUCUAGGGACGCUAGUGUCAGCUCUUCCUCAUGAAACCACAGAGGCCAUCGCUGCUGCUUUUGCUCAGCUCCCUCAGAAGAUAAUUUGGCGGUUCGUGGGUGAAACGCCUUCAUCUCUCGGCAACAACACCCUGCUGGUGAAAUGGCUACCCCAGAAUGAUCUCCUGGGACACCCCAAGACUCGUGUCUUUGUAGCUCAUGGAGGGACCAACGGGAUGUAUGAAGCCAUUUAUCACGGUGUUCCUGUUCUGGGAAUACCCCUUCUCUUUGAUCAGUUUGACAACCUACUCCGCCUUGAGGUGCGCGGUGCAGCCCGGGUGGUGGAGGCCAGAUCACUGACCAAGGAGAACUUUCUGGAGGCUUUAAUGGACAUUCUAGGGAAGCCUUCUUACCAGAACAACAUUAAGGGUCUCUCUCAGCUACACCACGACCGACCAAUUUCUCCUAUGGACACCGCCAUCUUCUGGAUUGAGUACGUCAUCAGGAACAAAGGAGCAGCCCAUCUGCGGUCAGCAGGUUUUGACUUGCCUUGGUAUUCCUACUUUAGCCUGGAUGUGGCUGCUUUGUUUGUGGCCCUAAGUGGAACUUUCAUCUGGGGUCUAGUCUCCAUCUGUAGGUUUCUCUGCUGCCGGAGAUUCAGACAAAAGACGAAAUCAGAGUAACUGAUGUAAAAUGGACUCUUUCCAAAUAACUGCUUAAUAUUGAGAGGGAAAAUAGCACUGAAGAACCUGUAGUUUAACACUACCUCUCAGCAUAUUUUGAAACAUUUCAACCAGAUUUUCUAACCAGUUUUGA